GGCAACUGUAGUAGCAACCAAUUUAGGAUGCGCGAUAUUCGGGAAAAAGUGCUGAAUCAUCAUGCUUCACGCAACACUGUCUACCAUUGCCUGUAUGGAUAUUAUUAUUUAGGUUAUUCCAAAGCCCGGCUUGCAAAAAUUUACGCCAAACAUCCUUCAACUAUUACUAGCUGGAUUAAUUCGUAUGAACGGAACGAAUGCUUCGAUCGUAAAGAGAGGGCUAAAGUGUAUCUGCGAUUCGGGACGGAAGAACGGACAUGGAUAGUCAAUACGUACAGAGAGAAUCCGGUACUGUUCUUAGACGAGGCCAAAUUUAAAUUCACACAACGUUUCCAAAAAUCUAUCAGCACUGCUUCGAUAAGUAGAAUCUUACUGUCUGAAGGCUACACCUGGAAAGUUUUGGAGCGUCGUGCAGUUCAAUUGCGACAAACGGAGAUAUACCGUUUUUUCAUUGAGUUAAAUGAGUUUCAUUGGGAUAUCCAUAAUCUGUUGUUCUUAGAUGAAGUAUCUUGCGAUAACCGGAGUAUGCUCCGAACUAAAGGCUAUGCACCCGUAGGAGAGAAACUUGUAUACCGAGGUGAAUUUGUACGACGACCCCGCUGUUCUCUUCUAAGUUUUCUCGGUUGCAACGGAAUACUUGAAACGUAUUCAACUGAAGGUACCUUCACUCGGGCCAAAUUUUUUGAUUGUAUUCGUCAAUUCAUAUCAUCUGGUAAAGCGAAGCAAUAUCCAGGUCAGUAUUCCUUGUGGAUUAUGGACGGAGCAAGGAUACAUUGUCACCGAUCUAUUGUCGAGUAUCUUCGUUCAAUGGGAAUAAUUGUAAUAUUUUUGCCAGCCUAUGCACCAUUCUACAAUCCUAUUGAACUGGUCUUCGGAUAUAUAAAAAAGUACUUAAAAAGAACUUACGUAGAAAACAGCUCAGAAGAUCUAGCUAUAAUAAUAGCGAAAGCAUUCAAAUCCUUCAAAAACAGGGACUGCGUAAACAUUUUUCGUAAGGCUGGAUAUUUGCCCGGCGGUACUUUCGACCCCAGUAUUGGAUUAUGUCAAAAUAAUGUGUAA